AUGCCCGCCUGCAAUGAGAAGAAGAAAUACGUCUUUGAUGACGAUAAGAGACCCGCGCUGCCCUAUGUCGCCGGCGUCUGCUUCAAAAUCAAACGACACGAGCCGCUCACACCCUUCGAUGGCGGCACAUCUUACGAGAAUCCCGAGGUAUCCAGCCUCAGCGACCCGGUGCUCCCAACCGAAAUCCUGCGUCCGAAUGAGAUUUUGGAACCAAGCGACAACUUGACGCCAUGGGUCUUGUUCCCAUCCGGGGACACCAACCCAUGCAAAAUCGCACCCGGGACCAUCACUGAGAGAUAUUUCAGGCACCGCCCAAGGAAGACGAUGCCCCACCAUAAGGACAGGACAACGCGGCACCUCGAUAUCGUCCGCCAGAUCAGGGUGCGCGACGGCGCCUACUCCCAGGUCGUGCAGUGCCGCGUGGACGGCAUACAGGGUCCGCUUGUCGCUAAGAUCUUCGACCCGCUUUACAGUUCCGACGACGUGGAGCUGGACGAGGGCCAGUCGCCCGUGGGUCUCACCGAGUCCGAAUGGUCCCGUGAGGCUGCCGCCUACACCAAGAUCAAGGAGGAAGGGCUCGACGGCAGGUACACGCCGCGCUUCGAGGGCUGCUGGUCCCUCGAUAUGCCCUACGAGCUGGAGCUGGUGAGCAACAGUGCUGCCACUCUUAUCAGCACCGCCAACACCACCACCGGCGGCCGCCAGUCUGGAAGCAGUGGAGAAAAACGAUAUCGAGAGUCGUCGGGCGAGCUCGUGCGCCGCACCAUCAAGGUAACCCGCUACGUGCGCCUGCUGCUGAUGGAGUACAUCCCGGGAGACAGCAUACUACACCUGCUCAAGUCGGGCAACUACAAGAAGAUCCCGGCAAAGGUCCGCAUGGACUUGGUGGCACAGGUCGCUGAGGCCGAAAGUGCCCUAUGGCAUAUCCAUGUAUCCCACGGCGACCGGCACUCGCGGAACGUUGUUGUUUGCGCGAAAAAAGAACAUCAUCAUUCCUCCUCCUCGGCCUCCUCGGCCUCCUUCUCCUCCUCUUCAACCACCACCACCUCCUCCUCCUCCUCCCACUCGGGAAAAGGCGAAGAAGGGGCCCGAAAUAGACAAAAACAGCAAGAACAACGAGACCAAGGCGUCCAGGAGUGGCGUGCGGUGUGGGUCGACUUUGGCAAUUCCGUCGUACUGGACAUGCCCAACGCCAAAAGCAACAUCAAAGGUCGGCUUCCUCCCCUCGGGGAGCUGCCGCCGAACCCGAUGACCAGGUGCCGCGGCUCGUGGCCACUCGAGGACCUCUGCCUGGCCAACAACACCAACUGGAUCGACAAGCGUUAUGACAAAUUUGAACCGAGGCGCAAGUGGAUGGAGGCGAGGUGGGGUGAGGGGAGCCCAAGUGCCCACCGGUAUAAGCCGGUAGAGUACGAUAAACUGUUCCCCAGAAUCGAGGAAUAG